UCCAACAUGGCAGCCUCCGGUUGCCAACUUUUUUUCACCACUGUUCUGUAUCUAACGAUUUUACUCUUGGUCGUGGUCAAUGAUGGGAACAAUGUUUCAGCUCGUCAAGUCCGGAUGAGAAUGGUAGAAGAACCGAUAAACACAGGGCAAAACUAUGAUAACAACAAUGAACCAGAGAGCCUUCAGCCGAAAGUCAAACCCUCCAAUUUCUCAGGUCCUCCUCAUCUGAAGAGAUUGUACGGAAGAUGCUUCUCAAAAAUUAUAGACUCGUACAAGUAUGAGUUUUGUCCAUUCCAGAAUGUGACACAGCAUGAGCAGAGUUUGAGAUGGAACCCCUACAGUGGUGUUUUAGGGGUAUGGCAAGAGUGGAGCAUAGAGAGGAACACCUUCAAGAAAAUGUUGAUGAAAGAAGGCGACGAGUGCGGUGAAAAAAACAGACAGGUUUCAGUGCAACUAGCCUGUGGUGCCUUGAAUUCCAUAGUCAAUGUGUCUGAGCCUUCUACCUGUGAAUACGCCAUGGUCUUUAACACCCCACUUGUCUGCCAUAAGCAUUCAUUACUUGUUUACCCAACACUACCCGGAUCACUUCAGAGCAGAUGGGACGAAAUCGAGGGAGAAUUAUUCAAUGAGGAAAUAACACAGCAGGGAUACAAGAAGAAACUGGAUAAAAUCUUCCAAGAAGCCGGUCUGAUCAUGGAUCCAGUAAAGAAAGAGCUGCAUAAACACCCUGAGAAAAGCAACACACAUGACGGACCACAGGGUGAUCACUUUGACUCAUUGGAGUCCUGCUCAGUGGCAUAUCAAGCACUUCAGGAUGAAAUUAAGACACUCAAAGCUCAAUUAGAACAGCAAGGAAAGGAUGGUGAAAAUGGUCCAUUGUUCAACUUGGAUAAUAUUUAUACCUGAGGCUGAUUAGUAAUGAAGUAGUAAAAGGAUGCAUGCCUUUCAUUUUGUCGUAGACCUUUUUUUAAAUGCUGCUGCCAUCUUUUUAUGUUCCUUGUAUUCAACAACAGUUAGAAAUGCAUACUUUUAAAAAUUGAGGGGCCAGAUUAUAAAUGUCUUUCAAGCCUCACUAUGUAGGAAACUUUGCAUGGUUGAAAUACGAUAUAGUAAGGUUUGCAGUAACACCAUGUAAUGAGUUAGGGUGGUUCUGAAAAGAACUGUUGGUUUCAACUUGACGUUUUGAUCAGUAUGCACUUCAUUCUGGCGUCUUUGAAUAUGAGAAUAUUGAAAUGGCAGUGCUAUGAAAAGGGUCUGAAGUGCAUGCAUAAAUGGACUGCAUGGAUAAGUUGCUUAAUCAGAAAUAAUUUGGAAUACAGGAUUUAUGUAUAGUUAAAAACAUUAAGUGCCCAAAGGGACAGAAACAAACGAGGAAUUUACCAUCUUCGUUUAUAAAUUUAAGUAAUAAUUUGUCAAUAAAUAGCUCAUCCCUUUAGGGCCCGAUUCUAUAAAAGCCUUUAAGCACAAAAACUUUCUGAGCACAGAAAAUCAUUGCUUUACAGAAACGGUUUUGUUUGUGCGCCCCACUGAAAUGACAUAAUACGCACAAUAAGGUCUAUUUUCACAUGUGUAAGAAGAACAUGGACUAAAAGUUAUUUUUUCUUUUUGCCAAAUUGAGCCUCAUUCCAAAUGAGGAGUUUAUUAUUUGAACAUGUCCAACAAUUUCAUAUGGAUGUUCUUAACCUGUUUUGAAUUAAUAGUCGCAUUGGUCACAACAUGUUCUUGUACAUUCUAAACGUGAAUUUUGGAAUGAUGUAUAUUCUCUGAGAAAACAGUAUGGUGGUAUGUUGUUUAUCCAAAUUUUAUUUUUGUUGUUUAAAACAACUAUUAACACGUUCUGACGACAAAUAUAAUUCUUCAGUUACCUGUUGUUUUUAAAGAACGUAUCUCUUUCCCAAUUUAUUUGAACUAUUCUUUUCUGCUUUUUUCUAAUACAAUUUCAAAAUCCAUUUUUUUUUAAUUGUGCCUUAGAAAACGACGGGGACAAUUUUUACAGUUUUCUCCCAAAACAAUUUUUGUAUUUGGAUAUUGCAAUAUUUAUAGAAAAAAAAGUAUUAGUGGUGAGAGGAUAUUAGUUAAUGUACAAAGUGGCAGAAGCUGUGGCACAUUGUAACCAAAAGUAUAUAUAAACGAGCUCAAAGGUGUAUUAUGUGAA